AUGCCCCCCAAAAAGCGUACGGCGAAGUCAUCGGCGGCCGCGAACAUGCGGAAGGAUGGAGAGCCUCCAGCUCCGUUCAAAAGGGCGCCGGAGGUGCUAGAGCCGUUCACGAAAGGAUUGUCGAAGAAGCAUGUGUACGUUGCCCACAUUGACGGAAAGCCAGCCGAUUUCAAGCGCAAAAUCUUUCUGGUCCCGGUGCUCAUGAAUCUUGCUGUCGCGGUUGCAUUCGUAUUCCGCAUGUACUAUAUCUUGCCGUACUACUUUACCAUCUUGGUCAAGCCAAUGAUCCAGCAAGCGUCCACCUUCCCGGGAGAGACGACAACAACCUGGUCAGAACUAGGCUGGGAGAUUGGCAAGCGCGGUUUCAGCAUGUUUCUUGAUUUGAUGCUCUUCAUUUUUGUCUGGCCUUGGCCUGUGGAAUUCAUCGCCGGGCAGACGAAUGGCAGCCCGACCAAGUGGCGAUGGGCAGUCGGAUUCCGCGAAAAGGAAAUUUACGUGCGCCGCAGUCGAGACUGGCACACUGUUCUGGGCGACGUGGUCGAGGAGCGCGACUCGAACAAGAUCUUCACGGGCUACGUGGCGCAGGCUACGGCGCCGAUGCUGCAGGAGCAAAAGACGGGCUAUCUGCUGAUGAACAACAACUGGGACCUAGACUGGAAGCUGAUGGUUCAGGCGCACAAGAUGGUGGACAAGAAGGAGGCGGCGCUGGACGCGUUCAGAAACGCCGUCUUGGUGUAUCACCAAGACUACGGCUGGCUGAGCUACGACCUGAAGUUGGGUGUAUCGACCGAGGAGGAGCAGAAGCGACGACAGGUCUUUGCUUUCCGCGACGCACUGACUUCCAUGGGCAAGGAGGACCUGUUCUACCGCUGGGUCGAGAUUGUCCAAUUUGAGGCAACGCAGCCAGGCGGCUUUGGGCCGGAGAAGCAGGAGGCGGCUGCAAAGAAGAUCCGGGAGCUAUUUGAGGGACAAGGUGUCGACUUUGACGAGCUGUGGAAGGACACAAUUGGUGAGGACGGCGACAAGCUGGACUAA